UCAUAGUGGUAUGUUUAUUAUCGGAAAAAUACAUAUACCAUUUCACAAAUGAAACAUGGCGCUGUUCGACGUCUCUGCUUACAGUGCGGUUAAACGGCGUUACUUUCCCGCUGUUCGUUACAUGGAGUUAAAAGCGGGCACAGACCUGCCGACUCGCUAUUCGCAGUUUAUUCGUUGUGGAAAAAUUGUUUUAAAUUUUAAACAUCCUGCAGAAAUGGGCACCGCGGUGAAGAAGGCCACAGCUGUGAACCUGGACACGUUAAUGGAGGAUUUCUCUCAGCUUGAGCAGAAAGUGGCGGAGCUGAGAGGAGGGAGGAGCGCCCUGGAGGCCCGGCUGCAGGAGUUAGGCAGGCUGCGGAGGCUCAGCCAGACCCGGGAGCAGUGCCUGAAGGAGGCUGAAAAUGAAAAGCUGAAGAACAGCAUCCAUGACAUGGAGAGGCAGCACACCGCCAAGCUGCGGGAGAGCGUGGUUGUCAUGGAGGAGCUGAAGGCUGAGAUGGCAGCGCAGAGAGUGGAACACGAGCAGGAGAGACACCAGAUCCGCCGGGAGCUUCAGGCCAAACGUGAGCUGUGGUCCCAGCUGCACCCCCUGAAACAGCGCACAACAUAACACACUCACUCAGCCGCA